AUAGAUAGUCGCCACGAGUCCGUCUUUUCUCCUUUCUUGUCAGGCUGUCAACAUGAUGCGACACAAUCUGCUACGCUCGCUUCCGCGACACGCUGCUCGGACGAGCGUCAAUGCCGGAAAUGCGUCGCGCACCUUUGCCUCGAGCGCGAGACGGCAGGCCGAGGUGGAGCUCACAGUGGAUGGCAAGAAGGUGUCAAUAGAAGCCGGAUCCGCCCUCAUUCAAGCCUGCGAAAAGGCCGGCGCCACCAUCCCCCGAUACUGCUACCACGAGAAACUCAUGAUUGCCGGAAACUGCAGAAUGUGUCUGGUCGAGGUCGAGCGCGCACCCAAGCCCGUGGCAUCCUGUGCAUGGCCUGUUCAGCCUGGUAUGGUCGUCAAGACGAGUAGUCCGCUGGUUCACAAGGCAAGAGAAGGUGUGAUGGAAUUUCUUUUGGCGAACCACCCGUUGGAUUGUCCCAUUUGCGACCAGGGCGGCGAGUGUGACUUGCAAGAUCAGAGCAUGAGAUAUGGUGCGGACAGAGGACGCUUCCACGAGCUGGAGGGCAAGAGAGCGGUCGAGGACAAGAACAUUGGACCUUUGGUCAAGACUUCCAUGAACCGCUGCAUCCACUGCACACGCUGUGUCCGAUUCGCCAACGAUGUUGCUGGAGCUCCAGAGAUGGGUAGCACUGGACGUGGCAACGACAUUCAGAUUGGAACAUACCUCGAAACCGCCCUCGAUACCGAGCUUUCUGGCAACGUUAUCGACCUGUGCCCUGUCGGAGCCCUCACGUCAAAGCCUUAUGCAUUCCGCGCUCGUCCUUGGGAACUAUACCACACUGAGACCAUUGACGUUCUCGAUGGACUGGGCAGCAACAUCCGCGUGGACGCCCGAGGUCUUCAGGUCAUGCGUGUUCUGCCCAGACUCAACGACGAUGUCAACGAGGAGUGGAUUAACGACAAGUCUCGAUUCGCCUGCGACGGUCUCAGCACUCAGCGUCUGACAACUCCGCUCAUUCGACGAGACAACCAAUUCCAGCCUGCAACUUGGGAGAACGUCCUUGUCGAGAUCAGCGAGAAGUUCAAGGAACUGGCGCCAAAGGGAGAUGAGGUCAAAUUUGUUGCUGGACAGCUUGUUGAGACCGAGACUCUCGUAGCCGCAAAGGACUUGGCCAAUCGUCUUGGAUCCGAGAACUUGGCUUUGGACCAGCCGCAAGGCUCAGCACCUCUCGCUCACGGUAUCGACAUUCGUUCCAACUACGCUUUCAACUCCAAGAUUGUGGGUGUUGAGGAGGCCGAUGCCAUUCUUCUUAUUGGCACCAACCCGCGAUGGGAGGCCGCUCUUCUUAACGCCCGAAUCAGGAAGCAAUGGAUCCGCUCCGAUCUCGAGGUUGGUGUCGUCGGCCAGGACUUUGAAUCUACCUUUGAUUACGAGAACCUCGGUGCCAACGUCAACGAUCUCAAGAAGGCACUGAGCGGAUCCUUCGGCGAGAAGCUGAAGUCUGCUCAGAGGCCAAUGAUCAUUGUUGGCUCUGGCGCUGUUGAGAACUCCGAUGCCAAGGCUAUCUACGAGACUGUUGGAUCGUUCGUGGAGAAGAACAAGGCCAACUUCCAGACCCCAGAAUGGAACGGCUUCAACGUUCUUCAGCGCGCAGCGUCCCGCACUGGUGCAUUUGAGGUUGGCUUCGCAGUCCAGAGCCCAGAGACAGCAAACACCAAGCCAAAGGUCGUCUGGCUGCUCGGCGCUGACGAGAUCGACGCUUCGGACAUCCCCAAGGACGCCUUUGUCAUCUACCAAGGCCACCACGGUGACCGCGGUGCCGCACUUGCCGAUGUCGUCCUCCCCGGUGCUGCAUACACCGAGAAGGGUGCCACAUACGUCAACACCGAGGGCCGUGUCCAAAUGUCUCGUGCUGCAACAUCAGUGUACGGUGCAGCCCGUGACGACUGGAAGAUCAUUCGCGCCGUGUCAGAAGCACUCGGUGCACCACUUCCCUACGACGAUGUCGAGGCCCUCCGUGACCGCAUGGAGGAGAUCUCCCCCGCCCUCCGCCGAUACGACAUUGUCGAGCCCACAUCCAAAGAACUGCAAGCCCUCAGCAAGGUCCAACUUGUCGACCAGAACAAGGGCGCCAAAGCCACAGGCGCCACAUUCCAGAAGGUCAUCGAGAACUUUUUCCUCACAGAUUCCAUCUCGCGAUCAUCACCCACCAUGGCGAGAUGCUCGGCAGCCAAGGCCGCGAACAACCCCAAGACGAACUUUAUGGCUCCUGGAUACCCUGAGCCACAAACGCACUACGGCCCGAGUGAACUAGCAGGUGCUUCCGCCUAG